AUGGCUUCCCGGAUCACCAGAAAGCAGAAGGAAGAGGUCACUCCAACGCAUGCUCAAUUGACAAGUCCUACCCGCACCAAACUCCCGACAAGUCCCUUCACAAUCAAACAAGAAGCCUUGCAUAGAUCUAUAGCUCAAUCCUCUCAAGGUGCUAAGGAAUAUCAUUCUUCUUCAAACCCGCAUUAUCAGAUCGACGCCGAUCGAGGAACUCGCCAUUACAAGGGUGCAUCUCAUCAUCCUGCGAGUAAUCCCGUGGAAGACGAAGAACCUGAUAGCCGUAACACAACUCCAAGUCUGGACAGUAUGGAAGGGUUUGUCCGAAUCGGCAAGGAGCAACAAAAGCUGAUCGAAGCUCUGAGCGAGUUGGCGGAUUACGAUGUCGAGCAUGUUGUCGAUCUCUCAAAAAUCGUUGUGAUAGGUGAUCAAAGUGUCGGUAAAUCAUCACUCAUUGGCCGAGUCACGGGAAUGACUCUACCCAAGAAUAGCGGGUGCUGCACAAGAUGUCCGGCAAACAUCAUAACCAAAGCAGCUGAUGUGUGGUCGUGUACAAUCUCACUUCGUCAGGGGUACGGAUACCGUUCAAUUCCAGUGAAGGAUCGCGACGUCACCAAGGAUAAUCCUUUCCCACCUUGGUAUCCGCAGGAACUUGUUGUUAAAGAAUUCAUCAGAAUUACAGACAAGACGAAGCUAGAGGAGGCCAUGAAGUGGGCACAGAUUGCUCUUCUCAAUCACAAUCAAUAUUAUGAACAGUUCAUCCCAGGCAGCGGUUCGCACUUCAUCAAUAAUAUUGAUCAUACUCAAGCCGAUGCCACACCAAAUAUUGUCAAAGUCGAGAUCUCUGGUCCAGGACUACCCACGUUAUCGUUGUUUGACUUACCAGGCAUCAUUGCAAAUUCGGCCACGAGUGAUACAAGAUAUCUCAUCAAGUUUUUCGAUAAUAUUGCCAAAAAAUACAUAAGAACCCCUAACACAUUGAUCAUAUUUGUUAUGACCAUGCAAGUAGAGGCAGUUUUGUCGAAAUCCAAGUCACUUAUUGAAGAAGAGCGUGCUACAGAUCGUUGCAUGGGUGUCUUAACAAAGCCUGAUACACUUGUGGAGAAGCACGGCACCAAUGACUGGGAAAAGAUCUUGAGUGGCCAAGAACAUCUCUUAGGCCAUGGAUGGCAUGUUACUAGACAACCUGGACAGGACUUUCAACCGGGCGAUGUGGAUUAUCACCUCCAAGCUCGCAAAGAUGAGGAAGAAUUCUUCAAAACAAAUGAGUUGUGGCAAGGCAAAUGGUUUAAAUUCCAAAAUCUAUGUGGAAUCCCAAGAAUUCAAAUGUUACUUUCUUGUCUUCUAGCCCAAUCGAUCAACAAAAGUCUUCCCGAUAUCAAGAUCAGGAUUGCUAGGCGUAAGAAUAUCAUCGUUGAGGAACUCAAGGGACUUCCCGAGUUGCCAAACCACAACGUCCAACUUCACGUCAGCCGUCUUCUUCACAAUUUCAGCCAAGGAGUCAAAAAGGUCAUGGGUAGUGAAGGAAAUCGAUCUGACACAACUUUCCAUGGGGAGUGGACCAAAAUUUCUCGUCUAUUCCACCAGUUAAUUUUGCAUAACAAACCAAAUAUAACUGUCUCGGAUGCAUCGGAUGUGUUGAAAGUCCAAGUUAUUAAUCUCGAUGUUGAUGACACCGACGAUAGAUUUGAGCCUGUACCUGGCAGGUCCGUGGAGCAUGUACCUAUACCUAGGCUCGUGGCAGAUAGUAAUAGGAAACGCACACAUGAGCAGAUCGCUACUGAUGAGACAGCUUUCGCAUCAGGCGUGAAUCAAACACCAUUUACCCCUUCCAAGUUCAAGUCCGAGACACCAAAUUCUCCUCAUACUCCAAGACCAAUGGCUCAAUCCCAUGGAAAUCCUUUCAGAAAUACCAUUUUCGAGUGCCACGCACAUUAUGGCAAACGUUUUGCAAGUAUUGGCGAUAUACGAAGAAAGAUAGAGAAUCAUACCUAUAUGGGUCUCCCUGAUAUGGUUAACACACCUGUAUAUCAGCAUUUCUGUGAGAAGGCUGUAAGUGAUUGGCAAUCGCCUACCCACAUACUGCUUAAAGGAGUCAUCAGUUUAUUGCGAUCUGAGAUCGAAAAUAUUGUUGAGAAGAUCUUAGGUCCAUACCAACAGACUGGUCUAUAUCGGGAGUCGAUCGCGAUUAUUCAAAAAUGGAUUGACGAAGAGCUUUUCAAAACGCAGCGAGAUGCACUCGAUGAGCUUUACAUGCUGGAAACAUACAGUCCGUUUACUAUGGAUCAGGAAGGCAUUCAGAAGAGGAAAGAAAUCGAGAAGUUGGAUCUGCAAGAAAAGCGUCGUAAAGUGCGUGCUAUUCGAUUCGUGGAGAAAGAGAUAUACUGCGGCUCCAAGAGAAUGAAGGCAAAGCCGGCCGAAAAGGAAGCCUAUCUUCAGGAAAAGAAGAAACUCGUGGACCAAGUCACCGUCGAGCAAUUGGGUAAAGAUGCCUUUCAGAACGAGAUCGAUGUUGCGGCAUAUAUCAGAGGAUACUAUGUCGUGGCAGCGAAUAGAUAUAUUGAUUAUGUUUGUAUCAGUAUAAACAACCGCCUAUUCCGCUAUAUCAAAGAGAACAUUGAAGAUUUCCUCGAAAAUCAACUUGGUACCAAUGAUGUUGUUACUGGUAUUGCCAAAUGCCAAGAACUAAUGGAAGAGAAUGACGAAGUUGGUGCAAGACGUCGCAAGCUUCAGACCGAGUUAAAAGCACUUGAGGAAUUUGAAGUCCGUUUCCAGCAGCUUCUCAACGAUAUCACCCAUCCCCGAGACGAUGAUGAGUCCACUGCUACUGUUACAGCUGCAAUUCAAGAGGAGACUGAGACUGAUCGCUCGGAGACUGGAGACUUUGAACAACCCAGAUAUCGUCAACAAAGUCCGAUCGAAGAAAUGCAAAACAAACGACGCAAUACUUACAAUAGUAGCGAAGAGGCGAUUCAAGCUCUGAAACGAGGUGAAGAUUAUGUCAAUGGUUCAGAUCAGUGUGGUGAGGUUUGA